AUAGAGGCUCCAUGUUCUCGUUUGAUUUCUGUGAGCUUUUCUCACUGCUCAGUUUUUCUAACGACAGCUGGAGAUAUGGGCCAGUUCUGUUGGAGCCGAAUUCGACCGGGGAGUUCGAAUGCUUCAAGAAGAGUUUGAAGAAGUUGGGCAGGUUUCAGAUACAUUCUCGGUCGAAUCAAACACCAAGUUUCGUUUGCCAAUGCAAGGAUGCCAAUCCCUGUCGGGGCUGUUGGUGAAAUUCACCAAAACAGCUUGCGGAUAGGUCAAUUAUGGGAGUCCUGAACGUUCUGCAACGCAUUCUGACCGAUUGAAUUUACCAGAACAAGUAUUCCAACGGUUGACAAGUUCUUCUACAAGUUUUCAUCCCGAACGGUUUUUCUGUGGAGGAUCGGUCAUGUUCUUCGAUGUCAACACAUCAAGUGAUGGGCAAGAUUUCAAGGGAAGAAGGUGAGAAGAGAGGAAUUAUCGAGUGAAGAAGAUGGGGAGUGUAGUUCUGGAUGAGAAAAUGGAGGACGCUAUUUCUGGUCGGAAAGAUGGCGAUGGAGGAGCAAGCGACGGGAAGCUGAAGGAAAAAGAAACUGUGGAGGGUCAGUUCAAAGAGGGUGACAAGGUUUUGGCUUAUCAUGGUCCACUCAUAUAUGAAGCCAAGGUGCAAAGGGCGGAAUUUCGUAAAAACGAGUGGAAGUACUUCGUUCACUACCUGGGUUGGAGCAAAAACUGGGAUGAGUGGGUGGGUACAAAUCGUCUCAUGGAAUUGUCAGAUGAGAAUCUCGAGAGACAGAAGAAGUUGUUCAAGGACCAGAAUGUUGACAAACAAUCUAAGGGUCGCGUUUCUCAAGGAAAACAGAAGACACUCACCGAGUCUAAGGGGGAGAAGGAAGGUGGCAAAACUAAUUCUGUGCCGAAAGGGAAGAAGCGCAAAUCGGAAUCAACUGUCUCAGAGGAGAAGGAUGCGGAUGAGCCAGAUCAAGUGAUGAAAAUUCCUCUACCACCUGUUCUGAAGAAACAGCUCGUGGACGAUUGGGAGCUCAUCCAGUCUGGAAAGUCUAUCAAGCUUCCCCGAAAGCCUAGCGUGGAUGAAAUACUGAAAACGUAUCGUGAGCUGAAGACCAAACGGGAAGGCACGGAUGAAGAUUCAAUUGGUGAAGUGUUAGAUGGUCUUCAAGCUUAUUUCGAUAGAGCAUUACCGGCCAUGCUGUUAUACAAGCAAGAACGUGCUCAGUAUGCUGAAGCUGUCUCAGAGGGCAGCUCUAAACGUCCAUCGCUAAUAUACGGAGCUGAACAUCUACUCAGAUUAUUUGUGAAACUACCUGAGCUUUUGGUCUUCAUAAAUAUGGAAGAAGAAGCUUUGAACCAGCUGCAACAAAGGUUGCAAGAUUUCCUGAAAUUCUUGCAGAAAAAUCAGAGUAACUUCUUUAUGUCAAUGUAUGACGGGCCUAAGGUUAGCACAAAAGUCGAGCCAGAGGAAAAGAAGUUGAAGAGGGACAAUUCAAAAGCUGAGGAUGAUAAGAAAGAAAGAAAAGACGGGUCCAAAGUGAUGGAGGAUAAAAAGGAAAAGAGGGGUGGUCAGAGACUUGCGGACGACAAGAGAGAAAAGAAGGAUAGCUCUAAAUUCUCGGACGAGAGAAGCGAAAGGAAGGAUGCAGGUAGGACAGGAGAAGAGAAGAAGGACAAAAAGGAUGCAAUGAAGUCCUUAGAUGAGAAGCGGGAUAAAAAGGAUGUUACGAAAGCUUCAGAUGAGAAGAGGAGGAAGGACCAUCCCAGAGCGAAAGUAGAUGGACUCCGUGGUUCCAGUGAGAAAGCCAACAAGAAGGAUGGACCGAAAGGUGACAGGAAGGAGAAGAGGGAUGGGUCUAGGCCCGCAGAGAAGAAAGACGGGCCUAAAUCUUCUGACGAUAAGAAAGAGAAGAAGGUGGCGUCGAAGGGACCAGACGAUAAGCCCGAUAAAAACAAUGCAUCAAAAGCAUUGGAAGAGAAGGACAGGAAAGAUGGCACGAAAAAUGGGGACGAAAGGAAGGAAAGAAAGAUUACAGGAAAAGCUGUCGAAGAUAAAACGGAGAAGAAAACUUCGAAGAGUUCUGAAGAGAAGGAGAAGAAAGAUUGUUUGCGAGGUUCAGAUGACUCUAAAGACGAAGUACCCUCAAGACAAGUCGAUGACAAGAAAGACAACACAGAUAUCUCGGGGCAAUUGGAUAAGAUAGAAAAGAAUGAAUCUGCGGAGGAGGGAAUAAGACCUGAGUCAGAGGACUUAGAUGGCUGCGACUAACGCAAAUUGUAGGUAACAUUGGAUACACAACACACGCGAGUUUUUUUCUCCAUGCGGCAAAAAAUAUUGAACCUCAUCUUUUUUUCGAGGAUCUGCCUCACCCGAUUGCCCUCCAAGACACCGAUCCAAAAUGAACUGCAAGGUUCUCAGGUGGGUCUUGCGUUUGGAUGCUAGACCUUCCCGUACAGCAACGGAUGAGAACCUUGGAUCUGUCAAUGGGAGCUGGCCUUGCCAAGCAGGCUAGCGUCACCUUCCUGAAAAUGGGUAGCUAGCUAGCUUAGUGUAUACAACUUAGUGUUGACUCAGCCUUCAAACAUUUGUACAUUAAUUGCAGCAAGCAUUCUUUAGUCAUCAGCCUGGGUUUCAACAUCCUCAGGACUUGAUCCA